CGGAUCUAGCAAACACAUCUAUUUCAUGGAUAAGGUAGGUUGCUCCCAGGCCCCGCCGUCACCAACAUCCCUCAACUCAAUACUCAGCCUCAACUCUGAGGUUUUCCCUCAAAUUCAUUCCCUCACCCCUCAAGUCGCCGUCACCACACAAAAUUGAGGGAUAAUCUUGAGGAAAUCCUCAAAUAUUUAAGUAUAGAUUCAUAGCAACCUUAAGUUCUUCCUCAAGCAAAUCCAACAUGGCAGACAGACGUCGCAGACGACGUAGACUCCAGCGGUAUUGGAAUAGACCGUCCAAAAGGGUGAUUCGGGACCGUCUGAACCCCGUAGAGGCGUAUACUGACGACGAGCUUUUUGAGCGUUAUCGAUUUAGACAGGUGUCGGUAGUGUAUUUUCUAAAUUUAAUAGGUGGUACCUUAUUAGAAAGCACUAGAAACAAUGCCUUACCCCCGAUGUUGCAGCUGUUUGUUUGUCUUCGCUUCUUUGCGACAGGCGCCUAUCACAAACUCAUAGGUGAUAGUUUGAAUGUAUCAGAGUCCACCGUCGGCAGAUGUUGCAGAUCGAUAACUGAGGCCAUCCUCCAUGUUCGAAAACAAUUUAUUGUUUUUCCGAGAGAUGAUGAAGCCCGGAAAACAAAGCAAGAAUUUAUCAAAAUUGCCGGAUUCCCGAACACACUGGGCUGUAUUGAUGGCACAUUUAUUAGAAUCCUGGCUCCAACUGAAAAUGAACCGGAUUUUGUAAAUAGAAAGGGGUUUCAUUCUUUAAAUGUACAGAUGGUUUGUGAUGCCAGAUUUAAAUUCACAAGCGUCUGUGCCAGCUGGCCCGGGAGUGUCCAUGAUAGUAGGAUCUGGCGAGAGUUCUCCCUUUGUCGACAGUUUCAAAGAGGUAAAAAAUAUAUUUUUAAAAAAUUAGAUCCAGUUGUCAUUUGA